UUGUAAAAACUUGACGUAUCCCGACCAUCUUCCUACUGCAAGUGUUGUUAUUUGUUUUCAUAACGAAGCGUGGUCGACUCUAUUACGUACAGUACACAGUGUGUUGGACAGAACACCAGAUUUUUUAUUACAUGAAAUUAUUUUAGUGGAUGACUUCAGCACUGAAGGUAUGGAAACACAAAACUUUUCAAGUCUUUACAGAGUCAUGUUAUCCAAAUGCAUGGCCCGCAUUCUACUCGCCGAUAACAUCAAGGCCAGAUUUUGCUCUUCAUGAUAUUGAAUGCAUAUCAUGGCCAGAAAUCACGGACAUGAUUUAUUCUCAGUGCCGGAUUAACCAUAUGGCAGAAGCGGCUUAUGCCACAGGCCCCGCGCUUUUGGGGGCCCCGCGUUUACUCUCUUCUAUAUUUUCCGAAUUUUUUUGUUCCAUGCUUCAGUGCGAGAUCCAAACAGUGCGCCAGUGCGGGGCCAUAAAGAGCCCAAGCCCCCAGAAAACGCGAGGGCCCCAAAAUGUAAAAAGCGAGGCCCCAUCAAGCUGGGCCCAAACGUUUUUUUGUUCCCUGUUUCAGUGUUUCAACGCGAGGCCCCAAAGAGCCCAAGGUCCUCAGAAAACGUCAGACCCCAAACUUUAAAAAUCUAGGUCCCAAAUAGCUGGGUCCGAAACGUUUUUUUGUUUCCUGUUUCAGCGCAGGAUCCAAACAGCGCGGGGCCCCAAAGAGUCCAAGGCCCCUAAAAGCGAAGCCCCCAAAUAAAAAACCACGAGGCCCAAAAGUUUAAAAAGCGAGGCUCCAAAAGCAGGGCCGCAAACAAUUUUUUUUUGUUCCUUCUCUGGGCAAGGGGCUCCAAAGAGCGAGGCCAAAAAAAUCAUAGGGGCCAGAAAAUAUAAAAAAUUGCAGUAAACUGUUAAAUACUAAAAGAUUGCUGAAUUUUGUGGAAGACGGCAGAAGUUCAUAUGGACGGUAUCAUGUUUAGCUAUUUUUCCCCUGUAAGUAAUAAUAAUGUUAUUGGUAUAAACUGGGUUGAAAUUCAGUUCGAUCAAAAUAUUGAUGUAUAAUUCUUUUUGUUUGUAAAUACACAGGAAACCUUUCAACGCAUGAAAUACUGACAAGAGGAUAUUUUUUAAUCUUACUGAAUUCAGUGUCUAAAAUACCGUUGGAAGGUUGGGGGGGGGGGGGGGGGGGGGGGGGGGGGGGUCAAGGGGCCCCGCGCUGAUAAUAUGCCACGGGCCCCGCGGAACGUUAAUCCGGCCCUGUUUAUUCUGCUUCCUUCGUAUCACGUUGAAAUAUGGCUUCUGCAGUAAACAGUAAACAGUAAAUUAUAUACGCGAUGCUGUAAAUCCCAAAAUCAGAGAAUAUGGUAGGUCGUUUGCAACUUGCCUCAGUCGCUGGCUAUAAAUCAAAGUCUGUCAAAGUAUUUAGCGUAAUGUUGACUUGAUUUUAGUUAGUGACCAUUCUGCAUUUUCGGUAUUUGUACCGAGGUUAGUUUGUACGGAAUUUGUCUAUUUAACUCUAUAUAAUAACACCACACUAUAGCCACUAGAAACAAAUGAAAAUGCAGAAUAGGCAGUAACUUACACCAGGAAAACACAACACGAUAUAUUUCAACAGAUCGUGCUCUGCAACCAGCAAUCGAGGCAAGUUGCAAACGACUACCAAUAGGCAAUAUUCUCUGAUUUUACGAAAAGCAUCGCGUAAUAUAAUUUACUGUUUACUCUCGAAGCCAUAUUUCAACGGGUUAUGUAUCAAUGAUAUGCAAAGUUAGUAAGGAAGUAGAAUAAUCAUGUCCGUGAUUUCUGGCCAUGGCCCUUACGUGCUGGGUUUGGGAAAUUGGCACGCUCAGCUGCAUGGCUAUACUAUCAUGAUUACAUGCUAGGUUGAAAUAUAUUUCUCCUUUUUUACGUAUAGUAGGUAGCACUGCUAAUGCCAAAAUUAUCAGUUUUGAAAAGUGAAACAUAUUAGUUUUGAAAGUGGUUUGUGCUUCUACACAUGCAGUGUCGCAGUUAUAAGUUUGCCUACCUCAUUUUCAAAGCAGAGUAACGCUCGACUUGACCGUUGCCUAUUUAUGUAUUUAUUGUUCUUUUACAACACGAUAAUCAUCGGCAAGAAUCUUCACUCAUUUUUCAGUUAGACAUGUGUUUCACAGAAGUAUAUCUGCCUAUCAUGCAUCAGGCAAUAUACACAUGAUGGUUAUUUAAUUUAAACAAAAUUAUUGUGGGAAGUAGCUGGAAAUACACUUUCCAGACUUGUAAUUUUUAAACUCAAAAAUGGUUAUUUUUCCCUCGAUUUUUCCCGCGCGUAAUGCAAAUAUAUCCAAAUUUGCGAUCUUCACAGGGCUAUAUGUUCCUCAUUUUACAACAAUUCGCAACCAGACAUUGCAAUUUUACUCAUUUUAAGAUGCUCUUUCCAGCUAUGGUGAUGGUUUUCGUUCUUCUUGUUUAGAUCAAAAUUUCGUCUAUAGGUGGAAUCAUCCAUUGUAAUAAUAAUAUUAUUCAUUUGCCGGAUAUCUUGUUUAAUAUUAAUUCCAAUUUAAUUUUUAGUUACCGCACGUCCAAUUUUUCAUUAUCCAUUGUUUAUUAUCUAUAUUGAUAACCGUGUUCACGUUUCAGAGCACCUAAAAGAGAAAUUAAAACAUUAUUUGGGAAAUUACGGAAAAGUUUCAAUCGUUCGUGCGACGAGAAGAGAGGGUCUCAUCCGUGGCCGUGCCCUAGGAGCAUCAAAAGCAACUGGUGAUGUUCUAGUUUUCCUGGACAGUCAUUGUGAAGUGAAUGUUGAUUGGCUGCCUCCAUUACUGGAAAUCAUUUCUAGGAAUAGUCGCACAGUUGUUUGUCCUAUAAUUGACAUGAUUAACUCAGACACGUUUCAAUAUGACACAUCACCAUUGGUCAAAGGUGGUUUUAACUGGGGACUGCACUUUCAGUGGGAACCACUUGACUUGUCGAAGUUUCUAACGAAAGAAGAUUUCACAAAACCUAUCAG